CAGCCACAAAGAGCUUGCACUUCAGCCCAGCGUUCAGUACAGCACGGUCGCUCUUAGCCUCUCUCCGACCACCCUCUUCAUUUUAGUUUCUUUUGGAGGCACUUUGUGCACACAAACACUAAACCGCCAUGGAUGCCAUCAAGAAGAAGAUGCAGAUGCUCAAGCUCGACAAGGAAAAUGCCUUGGACAGAGCUGAGCAGGCUGAGUCAGACAAGAAGGCAGCCGAGGACAGGAGCAAACAGUUAGAGGAUGAAAUUAGUGAACUGGAAAAGAAAUUACGUGUUACCGAAGACGACAGGGAUAGACUGCUCGAGGGGUUCCAGUCUGCUGAAGAAAAGCUGCUAAGUUCUGAUGAAAACGCCACAAAGGCUGAGGCUGAUGUAGCUUCCCUGAACAGACGCAUCCAGCUGGUUGAGGAGGAGUUGGAUCGUGCUCAGGAGCGUCUGGCCACUGCCCUGCAGAAGCUGGAGGAGGCUGAGAAGGCAGCUGAUGAGAGUGAGAGAGGCAUGAAGGUUAUUGAGAACAGAGCUCUGAAGGAUGAGGAGAAGAUGGAACUGCAGGAGAUCCAGCUUAAAGAGGCCAAGCACAUUGCUGAGGAGGCUGACCGCAAAUAUGAAGAGGUUGCACGUAAGCUGGUGAUCAUUGAGAGUGAUCUGGAGCGUACUGAGGAGCGUGCUGAGCUGUCAGAAGGCAAAUGUGCUGAGCUUGAAGAAGAAUUGAAAACUGUGACCAACAACCUGAAGUCACUGGAGGCACAGGCCGAGAAGUACUCACAGAAGGAAGACAAGUAUGAGGAGGAGAUCAAGGUCCUCACUGACAAACUGAAGGAGGCUGAGACCCGUGCUGAGUUCGCUGAGAGGACUGUUGCCAAGCUUGAGAAGAGCAUUGAUGACUUGGAAGAUGAGCUGUACGCUCAGAAACUGAAGUACAAAGCAAUCAGCGAGGAGCUGGACCACGCUCUCAACGACAUGACUUCAAUGUAAAUCUCCUACUGCUGUGUGCCUGCUUGCUUCUGUACCUUCAUGUCCUCCUGUACUACCUUGCACAUGCCUUCACCAUCGUAUCUAUAUCCUUAUUUUCACUUCUGUUUAUACAACAUCUAAUGGACCAUUGUUUUUGGUUUGCGUUUGGGAGAACUGGAAAUAUCUUUCAGUUGCUGCACUUUCUUUUUCGUGUGGAAGGAAAGUACAGCAGAGUAUUUCACAGUAUCGAAUAACCUCUGUUGGGUAGACUGUAUGGAACAAUAAUGCUGGAGAACAAAUAUAACUUGGGUAAUUAUUUUUGCGCUUCCAUAUUAUUUUGCCAAAUACUGUCACUUCAAUAGAGACUAUUACUGCAGUUAUGCCAUACCUUGCUACAGUAAGGUUUUUGGGUUUUUUUUUUCCCCCCAUAUGGUAGUAAUGAGUUUUGGAAUAAGAUAUUGAAAGAAAAUUUAGACAAUGACUUCACAUAUUUUGUAUUUUCUUUUUUCUCUUCACUACUGCCCACAAAGCCUUAUGGCAGUAUUUGGACUAUCAAGUGAAUUGAUUGAUACACAAAUGAGUAUGGCAUACACAUUGGUUCCAUUACUUGGUAAACAGAAGUCAAAUGGACUAGAAUUAUUUUCUAACCUUUGUGUAAUUAGCAAAGGUUAAUUGCUUUAUUUGUCAAAAAAUCCAGUUUGUUUUAUUGUGGAACUGUUCACUCUGGUACUUUGAGGAGGGAAAUCAAAAUUUGUGAUCUUUUUAAAGUUUGCCUAAUCCACAUUAGUGACACCUGUAUUGACUCAAACUUUUAAGUUUUAUUCCCAUCCUUGAUUGCUUCAGAAAAUAACCUAUUUUUUAAAGUAUUGAGUUGUCUCACUUCAGAACCCUGCAUGCUAAAAAGAGAUCCCACCUACAGAUGGUAACCCAUCAGAUGUGUGAAUGAAAGACAUUUUAAAUGGGUUCAUAACUUGUUUCUAUCUUUUUUCCUCUGCAAUAUGUUCGCCUUUUCUUUUAACUUUUAACAGAAUUAACUUGUUUAUUCCACUAACUGUUACCCACAAGGGCUGGUUGAUCGAAGCCUUCGGUUUCCCAGAUCUGGAGAGCAAAGUAAAGCCUCCUGCAGAGUUGCAUGCGUUAAGCCACUGCUUGGUUUUCUUUUUUUGUGUUUUGCUGUUAUGCCUUUGCCUGUGAAUACUUCAGCUGAUUGGAGCACCCAAGUAAUGCUGAUUGGUCAAGUUUAAGUUGUUAUAAGUUCAGCCCCCCCCCCCCCACAGCCUAAAUCUAAAAAUGUUGACAGGGUUGCCCCCCGUUUAUCCCGAGGACAGGUGUAUGCUACUGGAGCCAGUGCCCAUUUGUUCUGUCCUACUAGAAGGGAGACACAUGCAGCCAGCAGCAUUAGAAAGACGAGUCUUUGCAUGCAGAUCUAUGCUGAAAACCCUGCAUCCCUAAACGAUACAGUAAUAAGCAGAAAGAAAACUGUUUGGCAAUGAACUAUAGAGUGAGAGAUUUAGAAUAUCAUUACAAAAUUAAAGAAUUUGGUAACUCACUCAGAUUUUCAGGCACAAAAAGAAUGAAUCGCUUCGCUUUCUAACUGUGAUAGUUGGCCAAAACAGUUUAUUUAAUUUAGCAAUACCCUGCUUUGGUUCUAUGCUAUCAAUCAAUUGCUUUGCUUUAUUAUUGUUAUUAUUAUUUUGCUUUGCUGGCAGAUUAUUUUUGAGGCUAUCCCUUCAUGCUUUUGUUCACCUUAUUUUUCACACAGAUAAAUUGUUUACCCUGCAAAACGCCAAAGACGUCUCCAGCUGGCAGAAUAGCCCUCAUUCUUCUCUCUCCAGCGUUUUUCAAGUUCUUAACCCCUUUCUCCAUCCUUUCUGUGCUUUUACCCAUAUUAGCACCAUGUUUCACAAUUUAGCAAUCAUUGUCAUGUAUUCCUUCUCUUGUACAGACCCUGUGAAAUCAUUUCGCUCUAUGUAAAAUAAACUUCCUUCUGUCUCUAUGAA